CUUUCGUACUUUAUCUUACUUUUAAUCCUUUCCGACCUCUAUAAAAGCUAAUGGACCUCGUUGCACGUAAAAAACUGAACCUGGAUGUUCUGAAACGGCACGAUCCCAACAUCUGUGACAUUCUCGAUCAAUCAGCCCAUGCCGUUGUCUACAAAUUUGACAUAGACAAAGCCAGUUGGGAAAAAUUAGGAUACGAAGGUGUCAUUUUCUUAACACAAGGCAAAAGCGCACCUUAUUUUGGUUUAUAUAUUUUGAAUCGACUUUCGAUAGAAAACUUCUCGUUGCAAUUGACGGAUUUUGAAGAAAUUAAUCUGACAGAUGAGUUUAUCAUUUAUCAAACAAAUGAAGGUGAAGCUUGUGCGCUAUGGUUAUUUGAAAAGAGAGACCGGGAACGAAUCUUGUCAAAAAUAUUAAAGCUACAUGAAGGUAUAAAGGCUCUACCAUCAACUCAAGUUAAACCAGUUGAGCGAAGAGUGGAUAUACUACAAAUGCUACAGAAAGCAAGCAACAAUCCAAGCACUGUAAACAAUAACAACAAUGCUGGAAAUGAGCUGUUUAAGAUGUUAGUUAAUGGCAGGGCACCACAGCAACAGCAACCACAACAGAAACAACAACCCACCAACAUGCCUGUACCUCAAUUCAAUGCUUCUCCAGUCAUUGGACGUUCUCCGGCUACAGCGAUGAAUAACAAAUUACAAGAACUAUUUAAUAACGCAAAUAACAAUUCUGCUUCCGUAACAACUACAACGACACCUAGAAUGAACCACAAUAAUGACAUUGCAGUGAUAGAAAAAAAUCUUGAGAAUAUCAAAAUGAGCAAUAGUAAUGAUUUGAAUCAACAGCAACAACAGCAGCGAAGAGCUAUAACGAAUGGAGAGUUAACGAAACCAUUUUAUCCACCUUUUAUGAAUCCUCCUACAACUGUGUCUACAGCUUCAAAUUUGAAUAUUAGUGCCCCCACUAUCAAUAAAACACCCAUCACAUCACCGAACCAUAGAAAUACUGGCUCUUUGCUACAAGCACUUCAUGGAGGGCUGCCACAUCCUCCACAACAUCCAGCAGCACUUUCAUCGCAGCCACACCUACCAACGCCACCACCCCCUCCUAUGCCGCCCAUGGGCUUACCAUUAUUACCACAGCAAGUGAUAGGUUUGAUGAGACCAGAAAUAGGCAGACGUUUUGCAGGCAGACCAUUGUUAUCCAAACCAGAGUUUAUUCAACAAUUACUGAAUAUGAUUCAGUGCGAUCCUACUUUUUUUGAAAUUCUUUAUGAAAGUUAUAAGGCACAAAUGGUAUCCGCUCCUCCUCCUCCUCCUCCUCCUAUCCAGUAAACAUAUACGAGAAGAAAGAUUUAUGCUGUGUACGAACAAAUUGAGAAUAAAGGAC